AACAAAAAUACAGCCUAAUUGGUCAGUGGCCUUUUCUGUUGAAUGAAGGAGGUUUCUGUUUUAAGAAAUAAAGUGACUUCUCAGCUGUUGAUUCACUGCCCACAGGGAGAUUGCUGAGCGGAGGCUUCUUAGUCUCCGUAGAAAUUUGCAUACAACUUCCACUUCCUGCUUCAGAGCCUGUUCUACUGCUUACCUGGGCCUGGAGAGGGUGAAGGGCGGCCGGUGGAGUGCCACAGGCAGGAGAGAGUGUGACCACCCUGUGGCCCGGUUUGUCGUGGUGGUUCUAAGAAACUAGAAUGAACCGAAGCAUUCCUGUGGAGGUUGAUGAAUCAGAACCAUACUCAAGUCAGUUACUGAAAGCAAUCCCAGAAUAUUCCCUGGAAAAGGAACCAGAACCGCCUGCUCCAAAUAUAAGGAACAUGGCACCCAACAGCUUGUCUGCUCCCCAAACCCCUUACCAUUCCUCAGGAGACUUUUCUCAUGUUCAUCCACGCCUGAAACUCUCAAAUCACCAGCAGCCUGUGUCCCAGCAGGUCAUCUGCCUGCGCAGUAAAGUCCUGGAGGAGAGUGAAGACAGCUUCUGGAGGAGACACCCGGACCCGGGCAGAGAUUUUCCCCCAGGCUCCUCUGCAGCCAACAAGCCUCAGCCUGAGUCUGUGAUUGGGGCCCUCCCCGCACAGCACCAGUUUUCACUUAUGGAAAAACGUAUUCAAUGGCUGGGAUCUCAGCUCUCAGCAGCUUCUCCUGACACUGGCCAUGACUCAGACAAAUCGGACCAAGGUUCACCUAAUGACUCAGCAGACUCCUCAGGCAGUAGCCAAGAAACUGUGCAACGGCUCCAGCCCCACAGGAACCGAGCAGCUCCAGAUCUGCCUACGAUAGACACAGGGUAUGAUUCCCAGCCCCAGGACGUCCUGGGCAUCAGGCAGCUGGAAAGGCCCCUGCCCCUCACUUCUGUGUGUUACCCCCAGGACCUCCCCAGACCUCUCAGGUCCAGGGAGUUCCAUCCGUUUGAACCUCAGAGGUAUCCAGCGUGUGCACAGAUGCUGCCUCCCAACCCUUCCCCACACGCUCAGUGGAACUAUCAUUGCCAUUGUCCUGGAGGUCCCGAUCACCAGGCACCAUAUGGCCAUGACUACCCUCGAGCAGCCUACCAGCAAGUGAUCCAGCCAGCUCUGCCUGGACAGCCCCUACCUGGAGCCAGUGUGAGGGGCCCACACCCUGUGCAGAAGGUCAUCCUGAAUUAUCCCAGUCCCUGGGACCAAGAAGAGAGGCCUGCACAAAGAGACUAUUCCUCCCCAGGGCUCCAGAGGUAUCAGGACCAGCUAUAUAACCAGCCACCUAAGAGAGCUGGAGCUCCUGAGGGGUCCUUGGAGUGUCCUGCAGAGUUGAGACCACAGGGUCCCCAGGCUCCAUUCCCAGCUGCUGUCCCUAGACCCCCUAGUAACCCUCCAGCCAGAGGAACUCUGAAAACAAGCAAUUUGCCAGAAGAACUGCGGAAGGUCUUUAUCACUUAUUCUAUGGACACAGCCAUGGAGGUGGUGAAAUUCGUGAACUUUUUGUUGGUAAAUGGCUUCCAAACCGCAAUUGACAUAUUUGAGGAUAGAAUCCGAGGCAUUGAUAUCAUUAAGUGGAUGGAACGCUACCUUAGAGAUAAGACAGUGAUGAUAAUCGUAGCAAUCAGCCCCAAAUACAAACAGGAUGUGGAAGGCGCCGAGUCGCAGCUGGACGAGGAUGAGCAUGGCUUACAUACUAAAUACAUUCACAGAAUGAUGCAGAUUGAGUUCAUAAAACAAGGAAGCAUGAAUUUCAGAUUCAUCCCUGUGCUCUUCCCAAAUGCUAAGAAGGAGCACGUGCCCACCUGGCUUCAGAACACUCACGUCUACAGCUGGCCCAAGAAUAAAAAACACAUCCUGCUGAGGCUGCUCAGAGAGGAAGAGUAUGUGGCUCCUCCCCGGGGGCCUCUGCCAACUCUUCAAGUGGUACCCUUGUGACACCCUCCAUCCCUGGAUCAUUGGGGCCAUGCCACAUCUGAGGCCUGUUCUGACAGACAUUCUUCUAGCUAAGGCUGGUUGGCCACAUUCGCGGGUAUUUGUUUUCAGUGCCUCCUUGAGGGGCCCUUCAACCCCAGAAAACCUGUUCUGCAGAGUAUUCUUUCUCCUGUGACCUCCACAGACCCUGUCUUGAAACAGGCCAUGGCUGCUCUGUAGUCCCUGCUUCUUACACCCACUGCCUGUUCCUCCUGACUGUCUGAUGCAUUCAUUCUUGGCCUCUCACUGCUUAGCAAGUAGAUCAUAUAAGUGAUGUUGCAAUUAAUGUAAAUGACCACAAACACCCUCUUGUUGCUUAAGGCUUCUUUUAUGAGAUCACCAGAUGCUUGUGUGGCCUCAGACAAAAUGGAUUCAUGUACAAAUAAUAAAAUGUUUACUCUUUUGUAA